UUUGAUGCAGGUAGCAAAAAUCUCUUGAAGCGUUAAUCACUCAUUUAAAAUGAUCCUUUGAUAUAAAUUCGAGCGAUUUCUGAUAUUUAUAAAAUGUCCUUUCAUUCAAUUAGUUUUUGUUUUUCUUUUCUUAUAAUUAGUAAAAGCAAUUGAAUUAUAUCAAAUUUUCUAUAACAAUAUUUUUCUUAAUUACAACACAUAACAAUGUCAUCAGAAAACCCAAACUGUCCAUGCUCAUCAUUGAAAGGAGGUAAGCCAAUUGGAAAAACUGAAUUUAAUUCUGAUAUAAAAUGUACCUGUGAAAAGCAAUGCAAAUGUUCUCAUUGUUUAAAGAAAAAAGGUGAUAAUGGAAAAAAAUAUGUUGGUAAAACUGAAUUAGGUCAAUUAUCAUCAUGUGGCUGUGAUAAUAACAAGAAAAAAGUUGAUAAAAGUGUUGGCGCUAAAGAUGGUAAAUGUGAUAAAUGCAAUACUUGUGAAGACGAUUGUAAAUGUCAACACUGUCAAGUAAAAGAAGCAUUGAAUCUUGACAAGAGUGGUAAGACAGAGGUUGGCAAGACAGAAAUCGGUAAAACACAAAUAGGUAAAACAGAUCUCGGAUCAUGUACUUGUUCAACCAAUAAAACUGUUGCUGAUGAUUGUCAUUGUAAAGAAAAUACUUGCAAAUGCAACAAAUAAUUACAAUGAACUAUUUGGAAAAUAGCAUAGCAUAACAUAAUAUAAUAUAAUAUAAUAUACUAUAACAUAGGAGCAGUAAUAUAUCUUUUAAUUUUUUAUAUAAUCUAAUAUAAGUUAGUUUAUUAAUGGCUACAUAAAUCAUCAAAAAAAACAUAAAAUAACAAACAAGCAGUAAGGAAAUAAAAAAAUAAAAAAGAAAAACAAGUUAUUAAUCAAUGUUAUAUAGAAAUAGGCU